AUGGCUCAAAACUCUGCCUCCCAAAACCCCACUGGGGAGCCCACUGCCCCUUUGACCCAGAACCCCCCUCCCGUUGACGAGCAGACGCGCAACCAGAUCGCCGAAGCUGCUGCUGCGAACGAUGGCUCCGCUGUCCCGAAGGUGAAGUCCGAGAAGGAGUUGGAGCGCGAGCGCAAGAAGGCCGAAAAGGCAAAGAAGUUUGCAGAGAAGCAGGCCAAGGCCAAGACUGCUAAGCCCGCUGCUCCCAAGGCCGAGAAGAAGGUGCAGAAGGUUGAGAAGGAGAAGACCGCCGACGCCUAUGAUCCCAAGGUCAUCGAGGAAGGCCGCCUCGAAUGGUGGGAGGAGCGCGAUCUCUUCAAGCCCGAAUGGGGCCCUGAUGGCAAGGUCAAGCCUGAGGGCUCCUUCGUCAUUCCCAUCCCUCCUCCCAACGUUACCGGUUCCCUUCACAUGGGUCACGCCCUGACCAACGCCCUGCAAGACACCAUGAUCCGUUGGCAACGAAUGAAGGGCAAGACCACUCUGUGGCUUCCCGGUAUGGACCACGCUGGUAUCUCCACCCAGAGUGUUGUCGAGAAGAUGCUGUGGAAGAAGGAGAAGAAGACUCGUCACGACCUUGGACGGGAGGCCAUGACCAAGCUCAUUUGGGACUGGAAGGACGAAUACCACAAGAACAUCAAGAACGCUCUCCGCAGAGUCGGUGGUUCCUUCGACUGGUCGCGUGAAGCUUUCACCAUGGACCCCAACUUGUCCGCUGCCGUGACCGAGACCUUUGUUCGUCUGCACGAGGAGGGCAUCAUCUACCGUGCCAACCGCCUGGUUAACUGGUGUGUUGCUUUGAACACUUCCCUGUCUAACCUUGAGGUCGACAACAAGGAGAUCGAAGGCCGCACUCUCCUGGACGUUCCUGGCUACGACCGCAAGGUCGAGUUCGGUGUUCUCACCCACUUCUGCUACGAGAUCGACGGUUCUACGGAGCGCAUUGAGAUCGCUACUACUCGUCCCGAGACCAUGGUCGGUGACAGUGGUAUUGCCGUCCACCCCAACGACCCUCGCUACAAGCACCUGAUCGGCAAGAACGCCCGCCACCCCUUCGUUGACCGUCUGCUCCCCAUUGUCGCCGAUGAGGGUGUUGAGCCCGAGUUCGGUACUGGUGCCGUGAAGAUCACCCCCGCUCACGACUUCAACGAUUUCAACCGUGGUAAGCAGCACAACUUGGAGUUCAUCUCCGUCCUUAACGACGAUGGUACCUUCAACAAGAACGGCGGUCCCUUCGCUGGCAUGAAGCGUUUCGAUGCCCGUUACAAGGUUAUUGAUAUGCUCAAGGAGAAGGGCUUGUACGUCAAGUGGGAGCACAACCCCAUGAAGGUGCCCCGCUGCUCCAAGUCUAACGACGUUAUCGAGCCCAUCCUUAAGCCUCAAUGGUGGAUGAAGAUGGAGUCUCUAGCUGGUCCCGCUAUCGAGGCUGUUGAGAAGGGUGACAUCAUCAUCCGUCCUGAGUCUGCAGAGAAGAACUACUUCCGCUGGAUGCACAACCUGAACGACUGGUGUCUGUCUCGUCAGCUCUGGUGGGGUCACCAGGCUCCCGCCUACUUCGUUAACAUUGAGGGCGAGGAAAACGACGACGCUGAUGGCAACUUCUGGGUCACUGGCCGCACCGAGGAGGAUGCCCGCGCGAAGGCCGAGGCCAAGUUCCCCGGCAAGAAGUUCACCCUCGACCGCGAUCCCGAUGUCCUCGACACGUGGUUCUCUUCUGGUCUUUGGCCCUUCUCGACUCUGGGCUGGCCCCGUAAGACUCACGACUUUGAGAACCUCUACCCCACUUCUGUGCUUGAGACUGGUUGGGAUAUUCUGUUCUUCUGGGUCGCUCGUAUGAUCAUGCUCGGUAUCAAGAUGACCGGUCAGAUUCCCUUCCGGGAGGUGUACUGCCACUCUCUCAUUCGUGACUCGGAGGGUCGCAAGAUGUCCAAGUCUCUUGGUAACGUUAUUGACCCUCUGGAUGUUAUGGAGGGUAUCCAGCUGCAGACUCUGCACGACAAGCUGCUGGUCGGUAACCUUGCUGACAAGGAGGUCGCCACUGCCACCAAGUACCAGAAGAAGGCCUUCCCCAAGGGUAUUCCCGAGUGUGGUGCUGACGCUCUUCGCUUCGCCCUCGUCUCCUACACCACUGGUGGUGGUGACAUCGCUUUCGAUGUUCAGGUCAUCCACGGUUACCGUCGUUUCUGUAACAAGAUCUACCAGGCUACCAAGUUCGUUCUUGGCAAGCUCGGUGACGACUUCAAGCCCCUGGCCACCGUUUCCAAGACUGGCAAUGAGUCUCUGUCUGAGCGCUGGAUUCUGCACAAGUUCAACGCUGCUGCCAAGGAGAUCAACGAGGCUCUGGAGGCCCGUGAGUUCUCCGUCACCGCCAACGUCUCUUACCAGUACUGGUACUCCCAGCUCUGCGACGUCUUCAUCGAGAACUCCAAGUACUUGCUGGCUGAGGAUGCUUCUCCUGAGACCCAGGAGUCCGCCAAGCAGACCCUUUACACCGCUCUCGAGGGUGCUCUGUGCCUCAUUCACCCCAUCAUGCCCUUCGUGACUGAGCACUUGUGGCAGCGUCUGCCCCGCCGCCCCGAGGACAAGACCUUCUCGAUCAUGCGUGCCAAGUUCCCCGAGUACCGUGCCGAGUUCGACGACCCAGCCGCUGAGAAGGCUUACGAGCUCAUCCUGAACUCCUCCAAGGCCAUCCGUUCCAUUCUGGCCCAGUACGAUGUCAAGACUAAGGGUGACAUCAUCAUCCAGACCUACGACGCUACCAGCGAGAAGACCGUCUCUGAGCAGCUCUCCACCAUCCACUCCCUGGGUGGCAAAACUCUGGGUGAGCUAUCCCACCUGGGCCCAGACAACAAGACUCCUGCCGGCUGCGUUGUUGCCGCGGUCGGUGCCGAGGCUGCCGUCUACCUGCGUGUGUCCAAGGAGGUUGCGCUUGAGCAGGAGGAGAAGGCCAAGGCCAGCCUUGAGCGGGCUCGUGAGACCGUGCGCCGGUCCCAGGGUGUCAUGAGCGCUCCUAACUGGAAGGAGAAGGUCAAGGCUGAGGUCCAGGAGGCCGAGGAGAAGCGUCUCCGCGAUGCCGAGAGCGAGGCUGCUCGCUUGGAGGAGCAGAUCAAGGAGUUUGAGAAACUGCGUUUGGAGUAA